GCUCUCCGCUUAGCAACUGCAGCAGCUGUUCUCCGCAGGACAAGCUCGACCAGCCGUCUGCUGCAAGCGCGCGGGCGGCAUUGCUAGCUCUGCGAGAGGAGCACGUACGUUUGCGGGAAGCCAACAUACAGCUCCGAGAGCGAGAACUUAAGAAAAGGCAGGAUCUUGACAGCCUGAGCCGUGCCCGCGAUCUGACGGCGAAAGAGUUGACAACGGUCCAGGCAGAGCUGAGUUCAAGCAAGCAGGACCUGGAGCAUGCGCACGAGGAGCUGCGAGUGCUGCAAAAGAAGCUGGAGCUCUGUCGCGAGGCUGUCGUGACAGCUGUGAAGAGCAUAGACGCAGUGUACGAGGAGGUGCCUGACGAGGAUGGGAAGGAUGCCAACCUCAGGGACGAGGCUCAGCAGUUGCGCGGCAACGAGCAGGCCAAGCAGAAGGCGGCCAAUGCCAUGGACGCCGACAAGGCCAUCUCGGAGCUUCUGGCAGUUGUGGGCAAUCCAACAACGGUCUUGCCAGAGGUGGUCGAGGAGAAGUACAAGACUUCUGGGGAGAAUGCAGAUUGCGGAGCCAUUCCGGCUAUGGAGAAGUUGCUGGAGAUGAAGGUGCGCUGCAGUCCGACCAAACAGCCCGGAGACCAGCGAGCGCCGCUGCGAGAUCUCAACCGAGCCUAA